AUGGAUGCAUGCUCACCAGGAAAAGUACCUAUUUACAACAAGACACAAAUACAUGAAACUAUUACUAGUUCAUCUUCAAGGUUACAUACAGACAAUAUUAAGCAAUAUUCUAAAAACUCUGGGAGCUAUCAUACGGUAACUCUUGACACAACCCAAAACGUGAUAUUUCGCGGAGCAUCCGCAGGUAUAGGUGCAUAUAAUUUAUCGCUUCAAGCAAAUCAAUUCAGUUUAUCUUCUAUAUGGCUAGAAAGUGGACCCUCAAUGGAACUUAAUAGCAUAAAAGUCGGACUCGGGGUUCAUCCUCAUUUAUACGGAGACAAUCAAGUACGAUUAACAGGUCAUUGGACGGCAGAUGCUUUCAAAAAAACUGGAUGUUACAAUACUCUUUGCUCGGGUUUUGUGCAAGUUAAUCAUAAUAAAGAAUAUGCUCUUGGAUCUGUUAUACAUCCUGUUAGUUCAAUUGGAUCAACAACAAAAGUAUAUGGUCUUAUCAAAAUUAAACAGGACCGAUCUACCGGUCAUUGGUGGUUAAUUAUUCAAGAUGAAGCAAUCUAUACAGGAUAUUGGCCAAAAGAAUUAUUCACUCACUUAAGAAAAGGAGCAUCUUUAAUAAGGUUUGGUGGUCAAACAUAUGCCCCGCCUAAUAAGGAUAAUCCUCCCAUGGGUAGUGGGAGACUACCUAAAGAAAAACUAAAAAACUCAGGAUUCAUGGGAUUACUAGAGAUUAUUGAUUCGGAAUAUAAUGAACGUGACAUUAAACCCGAAGAUAUGAAGAAGUAUACAAAUAGUAAUUCAAAUUGUUAUGAUUUGGCAUAUCGUGGUUAUGAAGGAUCUGUAUAUCGACAAGCUUUUCUUUAUGGCGGGCCAGGAGGACGAAAUUGCAAUAUAUGA